UGGGCGCGGAGCAGGUUAGCUUUGAAUACCCGAAUCCCACGCGAGUCUCCAUGUCCCUCCCUAACCCCUCCCUCCGUCUCAAAAUUUUUUUAGGGCUAGGGUUUCCUCUUCUCUCUUCUUCGGGUUAGGGGGUUUUUGAGAAUGGGGAGGGACGAGGUUCUCCGAUUUUGCCUCGUAACCCUAGGGGCUUUGAUGCUGCUGGUCGGGAUCGCGACCUUCUCCUUCAAGAAAGUGACGGCCACCUACAUCUUUGGAAUUCUGGGGAUCUCGGGGAUCUUGUUGCCGGAUUGGGAGUUUUUCGAUAGGGAUUUCAAAGAGUGGUUCUCUCCGAUGCCGCUCCGCAGGGCGCCCAACAGCGAUCGAGUCCCUCAAAUUGGAAGGUUCAAAUUUUACCCUGUAAGGGUUGCCUUUAUCACUAUAAUCUACAGCUUUGGUCUGUACAAGUGGUGGAUGAUAAUGUCCAGCUAAGCUUUGUCACUUAUUUACAUGGUUUAAAAAUACGCUGUCCCAGGACAAACUUUUGAUAGUUUGUGAUGUCCUCAAGGGUUGUAAAUUACGUGCAUACAUUUAACUUAAUUGUAGACAUUUACGGUGUUGUUAUUGCAUUUAUAUGAUUUUUUUCCCUUUCAAUUUCAGAUGUAUUUGUUGAUUAA